CAUGUUCCCUGUGUCUCACAGCGCGUCCAUCUCCUGACGUUCAAGUUCGCAGGGACGUCACGUCCGCACUUGAACUUGCAGCUCGGGGGGGGCUUCGCUUCUGUUACCCCCCAUCACUUCACUCCGUCUUUGCGAGAAAAGUCAUGAGGAGCUCCGCACAGCGCGCCGCGCUCUCAGUCUCAGCCUGUGUAUGAUCCACAGCUUGUUCUUCUUUUUUCUUUUUCUUUCUCCCCCUCUCCUUUUCUCUCUGGAUGUCAGACGCAUCAAUGAAGAUAUUUCAUUUGGAGUCUAUCUCGUAGGAACGGAUUUCCCAAUGUGAACUCAGCUGAAGAGCCGCCACUGAACCAACAUGUCUCGCCGAAAGCAAGGCAAACCCCAGCACUUGAGCAAACGGGAGUUUUCGCCUGAGCCGCUGUCAGGUGUUUUACCAGAAGACUCCCACGACUCCCCCAGGAUCGGAGUGGCCCUGGGUGAUCCCCUCAAAGGGGACCAGGACCUGCUGACCUGCGGCCAGUGCCACUCCCGCUUCCCCCUGGCUGACAUCCUGCUAUUCAUUGAACACAAACGGAGGCAGUGCCACGGGAGCCUCUGCACGGACAAGCCCCUGGACAGGCCGCCGUCCUCCCCGCUUGCCUCGCCCCUCUCCACGUCCUCAUCUCACUCGCGGACCAACCACCAGUACCCACGGAGGGCGUGCCGCCCCGUGGAGGUGGCUGUUCAGGUGUCACCGCAGGAAGAGGAUUGUUUAUCUUCUCCCUUGCAAGGAAUAAUCCCCAAAGUGGAGAACAUCACAG